UCCUUGUCUUCUCUCCUCCAGGCGUUAAAAUAUGCUGCAGUGAGUUUGGAGCUGAAUCUUAACUGAAGCCUCAGCAUGUCUAUACUGCUGAUGGUGGGUGUGGCGAUGUGGGGGUCGGGGUCCAAGGGGCCAUGUGUCCCGGAGGGGUCCUUGGUAACUGCCCUACCCAGCAGAGCAACACCUCCGGCGGGGGUGAGACCUCCAGGGAUUACUGUUACACCGCCCGUAUCCGCUCCACCGUGCUUCAGGGCCUGCCGUUUGGAGGAGUGCCCACCGUCCUCGCACUCGACUUCAUGUGCUUCCUGGUACUCCUGUUUGUGUUCUCCAUCUUGAGGAAGGUAGCGUGGGACUACGGCCGCUUGGCGCUGGUCACUGAUGCAGACAGACGGAGUCAGCGAUACAGCCGUCUGGACGAACAGGAAUAUGUGGCGUCUGCCAUAACGUCAGACCUUCCCGAUCGCUACGAACGCCUGACCUCUGUCUCCAGCUCAGUGGACUUUGAGCAGAGAGACAACGGCUUCUGCUCCUGGUUAACAGCCAUCUUCCGCAUAAAGGAUGAGGAGAUCAGGGAGAAGUGUGGGGAGGAUGCAGUGCACUACCUCUCCUUCCAGAGGCACAUCAUUGGUCUGCUUGUGGUGGUGGGCGUGCUCUCAGUGGCCAUCGUCCUGCCAGUCAACUUUUCAGGAAAUCUAUUGG